AAAAAAACAAUUUUAAACACUUUAAAACAUUUUAAACAAUUUUAAACUUCCCCAGGUAGUUACUACUAGCCAGUAUAAAGAGAGAUCUUCUGUUGGACCUUAAAAACAUGUUACUUGAAAAAACAGACCUGAACAACUGGAACUGCAACAACAGCUGCCUUCAGGCUCUGGCUCUCUCCCCACGAUCGGAGACUGUGGACUCAAGGGGUGGUCGGAGUCCUAUGAUUUCACCUCAUCCGUCCCCCCAGUUGCAGCGCCGAGGUACAGUUCCUGUUGCCCCUCCGCCCCCUCUUCCACCACGGCGCUCGUCCCCCACACUUGGGAGCCCAACCAGCUCACCCAGACCACAGCCAGCAGAACCGACUCUUCAAAGGCAGCAUAGUGGGGGAAACGCCCACUCCAUUCAUUAUGCUGAACUUGCAGAUAUAUCGGAGGAGCCUAGCUAUGAAAAUACUGUCAUCAUUCCUGGAAAUCCUGCUGUAGUGAAACAUAUCUACAAUGUAAGUUUUGAAGGGGAACUUUCAUCGAGUCAGAAAACAAAAAAUUCAGAAGCAAACAAAGCGUACCAUGGAGUUCCUGGUAGUCAUCUUGACUCCGGAGGGAGCAGUCGAACAUCGUCCACCCCACGUCACAGCAAGGACUUGGCAGAAACGCAAAAACAGAACCAUCAACGAGCAGGUGUGAGCGAAACCAACGUGGCCUAUGAAAACCUUAAUAUGGACUAUAUUGCCCAACUCAUGUCAGAGGGGUACACUCAAGAUGCUGUUAUACGUGCUCUUGGAAUUACUAGGAAUGAUGUUGAAAUGGCCUGGGACAUUCUUCAUGAAUUUGCAUCCAAAGAAACCACCACAUGAUUAACGGGGGUGAAACGGAAUGAUUAUCGGUAGUGCAAUGGAACGUGUGGUCACAUGUGAAUUGUGUUGAACUUUCGAAAUAUGAAAAUAAAUGCCACUAGUCUAAUGAAUUGUGUGAUAGCACAACAUUCUUGUGAACAUGGCCUUCUGGUUUUGGUAACUGCUGGAGAAGAGAAAGCACCUUUUGAAGAUGAUGUGAGACAACUUAGUUGUGGUGCAGCAACUGUGUAUUUAUACAAGAUGAAAUGUGAUGCUUGAAAUUCCUUGAGAAAAUGUUAAAGAUUUUGCUAUUGUAAUUACUGUAUUUUAACUGUUAAUACCAACUGUGUACCAAUCUUACAAUGUUGUUGAACUUACGGUGGAACUUAACAACUACUGCAAAUAAUACAUACUAUAUAUUGUUCAUGUGUAGGCUGGCUAAUGUCAAGUAAUAAGUAUAUUCUUGCCUGGUAAGAUUUUGUUAUCUUUUAAAUUAUUUGAAUGUUAUGGUUUUAAGACUGAUAAACUUGAAUUCCAUUUGCUAUAAAGCCCGUGAGUAUGAUAUCUGCAGGUCAACCUAGAAAUGAGACUUGUUUGACAAUCUGCAGAUGUAGCUUGAUGCUGCAUUGUGGAGACAGUUUAUGUGCUUCCAGAAAACAGUUGAGGAACAAUCACCCGUAUCUGGGAAUAGAAAUUCAUGAGAUUGCCAGUGAGUGAGUGGUUACCUAAGCAAAUAAUGACCUGUGAUAGGAUACUCUCAGGCUUAUGGGUAUAUUAUCAACUUUUAGACUUUUAUUAGUCAGGCUUGAAAUAAUGAACUGCAUAGGGCUAUAUUUUUAAUAUUCAGUUAUAACUGAUCCCCCAGAAAUAGCCAGUUUUUGUCAAAAUAGAAAAAAACUAUAUUGUUUGCUUAUCUGUGUAUUCCGGCAAGAAUGUCGAGGAAACUGAUGGUAGACUUGCAGAAAUUUGUUAUGCUUAUUGUGGUACGAUUCAUAGCAUUCUGUGUAGUAGGAAAACUUGCAUGAGAAAAGAGAAUUCAAUUUGAGGAUAUUUCUAAAAAUUAUAUUUUCGUACAGUUUGACCUCAAAUCUCUUCAUAAAAAUGUAAUGUUGCAAGUGCAUGUUUUUGACAUUACAAAUAUCAACUGUAUAUGAUAUCAAUGUAGACAUCAACUUAUUUUGCUGAUUUGGAUCAAUUUUGCUGUUGAACAGUUGUACUCUUAACAUCGGAAUUCUACAUCUUUAAACAAUGUUAAAUUUCUGUUUUUUACUGUUCAUAAUGGUCUCUCCAUUUGAUGCAGGCUCAGUGAUCAUCUCUUGAUGUUUACUCAUGGCAUAGAAAAUUUUUCUCGUGUAUGAUCUUACUUGAACUUGAAAUAAGAUAUUCCUGCGUGACCAACCCACUUUUAAAACAAUGUAAAUGUUUUGAAAAUUUGGAUAGUAUGCUCUAAAAAUGUAAUUUUCUAUUUGGAGAUGCAUCGUGUUGUUAAAGAAAGUUAGAAUUUUUUGUGCACAACAGAAAUAAAACAGAAAAAAAUUAUUUUAAGAAAAUAUUGAUAACCUUGAUAUUAUUUGGCAAUCACUGAACUAAUGACGUGAUUGUGACCCCAAAGCAUUUAUUCAGAGAUUCUUUACAUGUCUACCUCUUUACCUUCUUAACAUGUGUAUAAUGAGUACAUUUAAUUUAGGACUGUUAUUUGAUUUGUCUCAGAAGCUAAAACUGAUCAGUUGCAUUGUGAUGGUACCAGAAAAAUGAGUGAAUGAACUAACGAUAUUAAAGCUUGAAAAAAUAAUUAUUUUUUUAGUGGAAAAUCUAUUUAAUUUUAAUCUGUCUGUUUAAAUUAAUCCUGAAAAUUAAAAUCAGAAGCGAAAGUCUUAACUUUAUUCUCUUUCAUUGCAUUGUUCUACAGAUUGUUUUUUAUUAUUACAAUACAUUUUAUAUAAUCAUGUCUCCUUACAAUUUUUGUGUGUCUACAUUAAUUUAUUUUGUUACUGAAGUGUUUUAAGUAUUACUUUCAAUUUUGGAACCUUUUUGGUUAUGUCAUCUAAACAACUAAAUAAAACCAAAAAAUAUUAAUAUCACAUUUGAGUGUGAGAUCUGAGGAUGAGAUGCAACAAAAUUUGUUGAAAUUCAAAUUCAUAUCAUGUACAGUUUGCUUUUUUGUAAGUAAUACUAUGUUAAGGAUGUGUGUGUUUUGUGAAAUUUGAUUGACUGUUUCAUUAUAUUCUGGAGUUGCUCCAAGUUCAGCUUUUCUUGACAGAUACUGUUGGCAAUUCCAAAUGGGUAAGUCUUAGUAGAACCUGGAAAAACAAGUUUACACAUUGUUGACUUUCAAUGCACUGCUGUCAAAAUCCGUGUCCUUAUACUAAAAGAUUUUGAAGUAAGUCUGAAAAAGCUUACUUAAAUAUUUACCUUUGGAACACCAUUUAUUAAAGUUUUUUAGCAAUUAUGUUUAUUUAUUUUCAGUGUGCUAAAUUCAUUUUUUUAUUACAGACAAUCAAGAUUUCUUAUAGUUAACAAUUAUUAAAUGUUUAUUCCGUAAUACAUAAAUGUGGUUAUUUCACAAUGUUUUGGGACAAGGGUGUCCCAUCAUGAGGCAACUACGGAACAAUAAUACAUGAAAUGGCAUUACAAAUUUGCAAAUUGAAGUUCUAAAUUUCACAUUAAUUGCUAAAUUUAAAAUAUGUAUCAUUUUCAACAAACAUAGGAAAACUUAAAAUAAAUAAAAAACUACAUUGAAACACCCACCAAAAUGUUUCAUGUUAGUAACAAGAACACAAGAUAUUGGAGACUCAACAUAAGAGCACCAUUUUACUAGGCUUUUUGAUUACUUAACAUAUGGACUAUGGAUUAAAAAUUGUUAAAAGUAACAAAUAUGGAUUGCCUGUAAUAAAAUGUGAUCGUUUCUUGGAAUGCAUUGGAAAUACAAUUUCGAUACAUUCUUUGUGCCAUGAUCAGCAGUACUUUUAUUAGCCUACGCAAUCUGUUAAGGAAAGCUUAACUAAAGAGUGAAUGGACCAUACCAUUUUCAAAAUGGAGCGAUAAUGUUUCAAUCAGGGUAUAUAUUCACCAUGUAAUUUUGAUUACCUAAGCAGCAAAAGAUUACAAUGGAUGUGUGAGUUAACAUUUUUGUUAUCUCUGCUUGCUUACGGAGGCUGUGUCUGUGAUCAAACAAAAAGUUGCUCAUUAGCAAGCAAACAUUCAAAAUAAAAUUGCAAGGAUGGGUUAUAUUUGAAACUAUGCACUAGUCAGACAAGUACCUUAUUCAUUGAUCAUAGUAGGAACAGUACAACAGGUUGCAUAAAAUUUUUCAUAGUUUAAAAUCCUAAACUUUUAUUGCAUUGCCGGUAUUUUAUGCCCACUCCUAGUAUAUAUGCUGGAAGAAAAUGUUAACAUACCAUCUUUUAAAGUUAUUUACAAAUAAAUACUCAAAUGAGGGUAUUAUGGUUUCGUAUGAUUAGCUGCCUAAGAGCAAUUCAGCUCUUCCAUUUUCUUCUCUCAGAUUUUAAAGCUGACAUCAUGAGAGGUCCAGUGAUCCAGUAGGUAGAUUUAAUAAUGUAGUUAUUUAUUGCAGUUUAUGUAAUCAGUAUGGAUGUAAUGCCAAGGAGAACUGGUUAAGUAAUAUUAUUUUACAACUUUUGUUUUCAUGAGAACCAUAAUUACCAGAGAUACUCAUUAGGACAAUUUGCAGUUUCGUGUCAUAUUUGAACAAUGAAUUUCAAUUGAGUGAAAUUUAAGCUGUGUUUGAUUAGAAAGGCAUUUUUCUUACAAUUUAUUUCUACUGAGUUAAUCAGUUCAGAAAUUAGUUGUAUGAUUUUUUUCAGUCUUAAUUUUUAAAUUAUACAGGGUGUUUCCAUGUGGAGUAGAUUUUGUAGAGAAGAAAAAUAUUUACAGGAGGCUGGGAAAUGUUUAAUUCUGACUUUCUGAGAUAUAAAAAUAAUAAUUCUUCUUAACAUUGUCUCAAACAAAAUUUCCAAAACACGUAUUCAUAUUUGGCUUAAUUCUAUGGAAUCUACACAAUUUUUUCACCAUAUAUUAUUAUUGUUUAAUAAUAAUAAUAAUAAUAAUAAUAAUAAUAAUAAUA